AUGGUGGACACGAUUGCAGUUUUGAACCCGAUCCAUCUCAAAAUGUCCGUUGAAUCACAUGAAACCCUUCGGUAAGAAUACGGUCCCUUUUGCUUAAAACAAGGAUUCUGUCUUAGAACUUCGGCGCGGAGCACGACGUCUUCAGCCGCGUCCACGUCUUCAGAUUCUGAAUUAAUGAGCCCGCGAGCAGAAGAAUUGCUGCGAAUGCAAACAGAACUGCGGGCAACUCGGACGGCGUUGGCGGAGAAAGACAAGAAGAUGACACAGAUUCAGACGACGGUGGACGAAGAAGUGCAAGAGCUCACUGAGAAACUCUUUCAGGUAUUUACUUUUGUCAAAUUCUGAAGAUGUUUGUGUAUAUUCACUUUCCUUCAGGAAGCCUACAAGAUGGUGAACACUGCGGAAGAGCGCCGUGAGAAAGCGGAGAAGUUGCUGAAGGAAUCGAGGCUCGAGGUGGAGGUGCUGCAGGCGGAAGUGAUGGCUUUGAAGGAGCUGAUCUCCGCUCCCGGAAUGGGAAAAAACCACUUCAAGCAGACGACGUCACCGGAGCACAAGUCGACUCUUUCGAAGCUGUUCAACGGGUCAUCAUCAAAGAAGCCGAAGGAAAUGAGCGUUCCGGACAAGAAAAAGGCUUCUUCCCUUCCAUCGACUUCUUCGUUUCCCCCAAACUCGCCGACUCAAGACAGAGAACAGAAAGAGGCGGACGCUGUCGAAGAAAUUGAUCCGAUUCUGUUUUCCGAAUUCGAAUCGUGGCGGGACGCCGGCCAUCCCUCCCUCGAGCAUCCGUUCAUUGACCGGGUGACAGUGGAGGAGGUGGAGCCGUGCAUGCUCUUCGAGAACACGGAGCUGGCGGCGGAAGUGAUGAGGGCCAUCCGGGAGAAUCGAGUGCAACUGGAGCCCCUGAACGAACUAAAGCCCUCCGUCAGAAUCUGCGCACUCACGAAUGCCUCCCGCUUUUGUCCGUAUCGGGUCAGAGUGGGCGACGAAGGAACCGAGUGGCACUUCGUUUCGUUGAUCGCCAGGAACAGAGUCAGUUCGGUUCUCUCCAGAACGUCUCCGAUAUUAUCGUCUUCCAGAUCGCCGCCGUCUGCGACUUCUUCACGUGCAUCCGCUACCUCUCGCUCGGUCUCAUCAAGCCGGGACCGCGCGAUUCGUUCUUCCACGUCGUCAACUUGAGAAAGAACAUGUCUCUUGCCAAACUAGGACUCGGCUUCGUGCCCCGUUCAAACAUCCGUCAUGCCCAUUGA